CGGAGGGGGAGGAGGGAGGGGAUGGCCUCCAACUCAGAGCUGCCUCCCUCAACCCCAGGGCUAACUCGCUCCCCCCCCACGCACCCUUAUGACUCAACCUAGGAAGAUAGGCAGUGGGACUGGGAACUGAGUGAGAGAUAAUAGGGAAGGAAGGAGAGCUGGCGAGGUACCAGACGCCGGCUUUGGACUCAUCGGCACCAGGAGGAAGAAGGCAGCUGUGGGCUAUGAAUGCCAUGGCGCUGUUCCUGGGGGUGGCUCUCCUGGCCCACCUCUCAGUCCAUCUGAACGCUGUCCCCACGUUGGAUGGGCCUCUCAAGAUGAUUGGCCCCUGGAAAGGGAAUCUCAACAUCGCCUGCACCUACCGCCCCAUGGAAGGUUACACACAAAUCGUAGUGAAGUGGUUGGUACGGCAGGAUGGUGACCCCAUCACCAUCUUUUUGCGGGAUUUUUCUGGGGACCACAUUCAACAGGCCAAGUACAGAGGUCGACUGCAGGUGAGCAGAGAGACCCCUGGAGAUGUGUCCCUAUCGCUGGAAACCUUGGAGAUGGAUGACAGGGGUCGAUAUGUAUGCCAAGUAACCUGGAAUGCCCCUGAUGGUGGACAGCUUGUGAAAGAGAGGACAACAGAACUACAAAUCCAGAAACUUCCAGCCUCCAAGCCCUUGGUGACUUCAGGCUCCGACUACGGCUUCAAGGUUCCGCACGGCAUGAGGAUCAGUCUUGUGUGCCAGGCCAAUGGGUCUCCACCUAUCACCUACAAGUGGUACAAGGGGAAGCCAGAGGGGAAUCUGACUGAGAUGACUUCUUUUGGUACACUCUUAUUUAAGCCUGCCCAGGUGUCUGACUCUGGGAUGUACUUCUGUGUAGCCAAGGCUCGUGUUGGCCCUGAGCAGAUGAGUGACCUUGUCCACUUUGUCGUCACAGACUCUUCCAGGAGGCCUACUUCACAGGUGCUGCCUGGGGAAUUGACAACCAGCACACCCCCCUUUGAAGUAAUACACCCGUCAACCACAGUGAUCCCAUCUAGAGACCAGACGUCCACAACAGGUGGCUUCUCGGGGGCAACCACUAUUGGGCCAGCAACGCAUGGCGCUGCUACACAGAUGUCACCUGGGGAGCAGACAACCAUGGAGGCCGGCCAUGCUGGGGGAAGCGGUAAAGGUCCAGGUCCGACUUCAGGAGUUGCAUUGAGGGACCAGGGAAACGCCAGCAAAAGAACAGGCAGACAAGGCCUGCCGCUCUAUGCCAUCAUCCUCAUCGUCUUACUCUGCAUCGUGCUGGUCUUUGCCACGGUCUUUGGCUUCUGCCGGAGGAAAUCUCAAGAUGAGCACACCUAUGAAGUGGCCAGGAUGAGUACAGGAGAUGUGCCCAGGGUCGCCAUCUACUCAGAGGGCACAGCAGAGGUAGCCGCCCACACCAGGGCCCUUAAGAAUGAGUAUCACGACGAUCCUACUGGGGUCCAGGAUUACCAGAUCAUCACCCAGGCCAACAGUGACUACGCCCGGCUUCUGUGUGGGAGCCGCUCCGAUGAAUUAGAGAUACAAGAGAAUGGAAAACCCAGCUGCUGAGGAUGAUGGUGCCGGGUGGGGAGCCAGUGGGCCCUGCUGCCACUGGCCUGGCUUGGCCUGCCUUCCCUUCCUCCCUCUCAGAGAUAGGAAGGGUCCUCCCCAAUCCACUGCUGUUUGUACCUCUGCUGCAUCCCUUCCCUGCCCCAUCCCAUCUCCUGAUGCAGACCCCUUAGUUCCUGGCCAAUGGGACCUGGGGUUUCUGGGAGAAUCGGCUUUUUAGCAUAGAAAGUUGCUAUUGUAGGUGCUAGUUUUGCUCUCAGUGUUAGGCCUCCCUAUCUCCCCAUCCUGACAAUACAAAGAAACACCAGUGCCAGGUUUGGCAGGCAGGGGACUAGCGAUAUAGACUGUCCCUCCAUAUUUCUUUGGGCCUCCAGGACAGGGUGUUGAAUUGCGAUGACUAGGACACUGGGCAGAGAUGGGCUCUCCUCACUGCCCAGCACAUUGUUGGUGCUCAAUAAAGGUUUGUUAAUGAGAGA